AUGGUAGUAGAGUUCAGUGUUUCAUUUGGAGAUGCUGGAUCUUCUUAUUGUUAUGGGUUAACCCAAUGCGUCCUUGGUUUAUUAAACCGUCUUGGCCUCCACAAGAAGCUCCAAAAGCAUAAGGGUUGUGUAAACACAGUAAGCUUCAAUGCAGAUGGAGAUAUCCUGCUUUCAGGUUCUGAUGACAGGCAAGUCAUUCUUUGGGAUUGGGAGACUGGUACUGUCAAACUCUCAUUCGAUUCUGGCCAUCGCAACAAUAUAUUCCAAGCCAAAUUUAUGCCUUUCUCUGACGAUCGCAGCAUUGUCACAUCUGCUGCUGAUGGACAGGUCCGCUAUUCCAAAAUUCUCGAGUCUGGACAAGUAGAGACUUCUAUGUUGGGUAAACAUAAUGGACAGGUCCACAAAUUGGCUGUUGAGUCGGGAAGUCCAUUCUCAUUCUAUACGUGUGGUGAGGAUGGGGUUGUAAAGCAUUUUGAUCUUAGGACUCGGGUGGCUACAAAUCUUUUCACUUGUAAAGAAGCAAAGUACAAUUUAGUCGUCUACUUGAAUGCAAUUGCACUUGAUCCAAGGAACCCAGGUCUUUUUGCGGUGGGUGGAAUGGAUGGGUAUGCUCGUGUAUAUGAUAUUCGCAGCUAUCGCUCAGAGGGCUGGUAUAAUUUUGCCCAACCUGUAGACCACUUUUGUCCUCGCCAUCUGAUUGAAAAUGGGCGUGAAGGAAUAACUGGUCUGGCUUUCUCAGAUCAAAGUGAGCUCCUUGUUUCAUACUGUGACGAGCUCAUCUAUCUUUUCAGCCCUGAUAUGGGGCUUGGCCCAAAUCCAUUGACUGAGACUGAGGAGAAGAGGCCGCCGCAGGUUUACAAAGGGCACAGGAACUGUGAAACAGUCAAAGGUGUGAACUUUUAUGGACCCAAGUGUGAGUAUGUGGUUAGUGGUUCUGACUGUGGCCAAAUAUUCAUCUGGAGGAAGAAAGACGGAGAGCUUCUACGUGAGAUGGAAGCAGAUAGACAUGUCGUCAACUGUGUAGAGUCUCAUCCUCACUUGCCACUGAUGUGUAGCAGUGGAAUCGAGAGUGACAUCAAGAUAUGGACUCCUGGAGGAACUGAGGAACUCAUGUCACCGGGAAAUAUGGAAGAGGUCUUCUUCCUCCAAUCCAAGGCUCGCUCGAGUAACUUGGAUUUGCAGAGGAUGGUGGUCGUUUCUCCACGGCUGCUCUCAAAUGGUUCAGGUUUAAUCCGAUUGCCUCAUCGCCGGAUUCAGAGACGCGAUGGGUUCGGCCCCAGUAGCUUCAAGUUUUCUGGGGAUUCGAGUCUCAAUGGGAGAGUUAGCUAUACGCCACAUGUGGGUGCCUCUCGCACCGUAUCUGUACGUUUCGCUCGUCAAAGUCCCAGCUUCCAUGAAGACCUACCCGAAGCUCCCUUAUGGUUGAGCCUUCUUAGGGACAUUGUCUGGAGCACAAGAUCUCUCUUCUCUUUUAUGGCUGAGCAACCGAGUCAGCUUAAAUACAUAGAGUGGCCAAGUUUUACAACCACGCUCAAGACAGCCACACUGAGUCUCUUUCUUGUAGCUGUCUUCAUUGUUGCGCUAUCAUCGGUGGACUCUGCUCUUUGUUACAUAUUGACUUUGAUCUUGAGGAAAGCCCCAUGA